AUGCCAUAUAACGAAAAUUCCUUAUACGAUAUCAUGUAUAUUACGCAACCAACACGCAAUAUUAUGAGCAUACUUGGAAUUUGGCCGUCCAUUAACAAAAAGAAAACAUUGUGCAAAAGAGUUUACAAGUUUUUGCUAAUUACUGUCUCUUAUACUCUUCUCAUUUGUAACUUGAUUCCCAUUUUUCUCUAUUGGAUGAUACAAGGAGACACGCGUACUCGUAUUCAAAUGGCCCCUUUUCUCGUUUACGACGCUAUGACUGUCAGCCAGUAUAGCAUCUUUAUAUUUCGUGAUGAUCAAAUUAGACAGUGCUUGAAACACGUUCAAGAAGAUUGGGAAAAUAUUCUCAGCGCUGACGUACGAACGCUGAUGUUGAAAUUCGCGAGAAUUACCAAACGCAUAAUCAUAGUGAGCGCGAGUUUCAUGUUUAGUGGUGCUGUUCUAAUUCGGACAAUCCUUCCCUUGUUACAAGGAAACAUCAUCACCGAACAAAACGUCACUAUUAGACCUUUGGUCUGUCCAAGUUAUCUCGUUUUUAUCGAUGUGCAAGCCACUCCUAUCUACGAGAUAUACUUUACGAUUCAAUUUGUCAGUGGAUUAAUUAUAGCGUCGAUCGCGACAGGUGCGUGUGGUCUCACAGCCAUUUUCGUGAUCCACGCUUCCGGCCAGCUGAGGAUUUUGAGAGAUUUAAUGACGAAUCUUGUCGAGGAACAAUGGCAAAGGGAAUGCGAAGUAAAUAAGAAAUUGGCUGAUAUAGUCGAACAUCAAAUGCGAGUACGAGGUUUUUUGCGAAUGGUACAGCACACUCUACAACAAAUAUUUCUCACGGGAAUGACAGUGAACACGCUAACUCUCUGCAUUUUAAUGUAUUUUAUAAUAAUUGAAUGGCAAAAUAGCAAUACAACAGCAAUAUACAUUUAUAUAUUGUGCGUUGGAGAUGUUGCAGUUCAUUUAUUUAUGUAUUGUUAUACAGGUGAACAACUUACCGAACAGGCGGAGAAAGUGGCCAUUGUAUCUUGUGAGCUUGAAUGGUACCGUCUUCCGAAUAGAAAAGCACGUUGCGUCGUGCUGCUAAUGAUCAUGUCUAAUGCUCCAACCAAAAUAUCCGCUGGAAACUUUUUUGAUCUCUCCCUUAAAACAUUUGGUGAUGCCAUAAAAACAGCCGGAGCUUAUUUUAAUAUGCUCCGAAAUGUAAUCGACUGA